CCCGGCCCAGUGCGCACGCGCGGCGCAGAGCGUGCCGGAGUUGCCAGCAGCAGCGCGACACAGACCCGCCACUCCGCGCCCGGACCGCGGCGCGAACACACGCACCAGGGAGGGACCCCGGGGGGCCGCGCGAUGCGAUGCUAGGCCAUGGCUGAGCCGGCGGCGGCCAACGGCAGCGGCGAGGGGCUGCUGGGGGCGGCGGACUGCUACGGGGGCGGCGGCGAGGUGAGCCGCGAGCUGUUCGCCGGCUACUCGGCGGCUCUGCUGCACUUCGCGAGCGCCUGCUGCGUGGUGUUCGUGCUGGUGGGCGUUCCCGGCAACCUCAUCACCAUCGUGGCGCUGUGUCGCUGCAAGAAGGUGCGGAACGCCACGGCCGUGUUCAUCAUCAACCUGUCCGUGUCGGACCUGAUGUUCUGCUGCUUCAACCUGCCGCUGGCCACGUCCAUGUUCUGGCAGCGCGCCUGGCUGCACGGCGAGCUGCUGUGCCAGCUGUUCCCGCUGCUGCGCUACGGCCUGGUGGCCGUGUCGCUCGUCACCGUGCUGGCCAUCACCAUCAAUCGCUACGUCAUGAUCGGCCACCCCAGGAUGUACCCCAAGCUGUACAGCAAGAAGUACCUGGGCCUGAUGGUCGCCUGCACCUGGGUGUUCGGCCUGGGCGCGCUCGUCCCCACCUGGCUGGGCGCCUGGGGCCAGUUCGGCCUGGACCGCUGCAUCGGCUCGUGCACCAUCAUGCCCGACGCGGCCGGCCGCUCGCCCAAGGAGUUCCUGUUCGUCGUGGCGUUCCUCAUCCCCUGCCUGGCCAUCGCCGUGUGCUACGCGCGCAUCUUCUACAUCGUGCGCGAGACGGCGCUCAAGUCGCGCAGCAACACGGUCACCGCUGCUGCGGGUCUCACCGCCGCCGGGGGCGGGGGGCGCGCCUCUCGGGCGGCGGGCAAGAGGUUCGUGUCCAUCGCCGAGGACUCUGCCAUCGGGUCCAGCACGGGCCCCAGCAUCUCCACGGACAAGUCCUCCUCGGCGUGCCUGGAGAACGGCCACAGCUCGCCGCCGUGCAACAACAACAAGGCCGGGCACCUGCGGCUGGAGGCGCUCCAGCAGAGCCUGGAGGUGCCCAGCCCGCACCUGCUGUCCCCGCCCUCGCCCACGCAGCACCACCUGGCCGCGAGGUUCGUGGGCGAGCCCUCCUCGUCAGGGGUGGACCUGGAGGACUGCGACGAGGGGCUGACGACCCGCAGCGCCACGCCCACCUCGCUGUGCAGCUCGCUGGGCGACCCCGGCCGCCGCCGGCAGACCCUCACCCAGGUGACGGCGCUGUUCCGCCGCGGCUCCCAGGCCCGGCGCAGCGCGCGCCGCCCCAGCGCGCUCGCCGCCUCCGCCGCCGCCACCCCCGGCAAGAUGACCGCCAAGGACAAGAAGCUGCUCAAGAUGAUCCUGGUGAUCUUCGCGUCCUUCGUGGUCUGCUACCUGCCCAUCACAAUCACCAAGACCUUCCACGAGUCGCUGGACCUGCACGGGCUCAACGUGGCGGGCUACCUGCUCAUCUACCUGUCCACGUGCAUCAACCCCAUCAUCUACGUGGUGAUGAGCUCCGAGUACCGCCAGGCCUACAAGAACCUGCUGGUCUGCCGGUCGCACGGCGGCGGCAGCGGCGGCGAGACGCCGGCCCUGCAGCGGGCCCCCGGGCGGGCAUGACGGCGGUGGCGGCGGGGGCGGCGGGGGGCGGAGGCGCCGGUCUCCCUGGAGGCGGCCGGCCGCGCCUGAGGCCCGGGACGAGACUCAGUCCGGAGCCCGUGGACCUGCUGAGCUGCCGGCCCCGUGGUCCCCGGGUGGCUGGUGACCCCCCUCGCCCCGCAUCGCCGCCACUGACACUUGCAACUGUGCGCGCGCGGACUCCUGCCGUGAGAGCAACCUCCAGCACCAAAUAUAGAGACGUGUACUAACACCAGACGUCAGUCCGGUCGACGCAAUCUAUAUUGGGUUUGGUGAAAAAUUACGAACGUGUUGUUAAAUUUUUUAUUUUUUAAUUUUAAACAAUGAAAGGGAUCAGGAGUUCGAUUGCCUGUCACCGCGAAAGAAAAACUGUAAUACGUGAUCAAUUUUUUUUCCCCCGUUACUUCUUCUUGUGAUCUGUGACGGUCUAGUAUGGUGUUACCUCUGAUCUCUUCACCCAGAAAUGGACAUGAUUAAACCUCCGUAACUCGUUUUAUAUUUUACUUCAGUAUUAAGUGAAAUACAACACACACACACACUCACCACUACUCUAUAUAGCUGUUGCGAAGAAUAAAUGCACCAAAGAUCAUGUAAAAUAAUUUAAAUUUAAAUAAUUUAGAGAUAGUUAAAACAUAAUACUGUUACCAUAUUUUAGGUUGUAGUAUAUUCUUGACUCCAUUGUCUUUUCCUCAUACUUUGAAUUAUUGUGAUUUGAGAUGUGAAUGUGAUUGUGUCUUUUAUAUGAAAAUUACAUUAGGGUUGCAGUCUACUGUAGAAUAUUAUAUGCAAGUAUGUCCAGGGAUUUCAAUUAAGAGGUUUUAUAGACAGCGCAGAACAUAUGAGCUAAUCGACCUGUUUUUUAAUAAUUUGUUUUAAAACUAAAUAUUUCAUUUGUAACUUGAAAUAAUUAAAUAACAAAUUAGAAUUUAUUUUACAGUAUUGUCCUGAUAGCUAAUUGAAGAUAUGUAUGCAAAAUAGUAAUUCAAAAGAAAUUUCAGAUUACACCUAUAAACCAUAAAGUUAGAUGUAAUUAAGGUAUUUGUGUGCUUUAUUCGUAAGAUAUUUACAAAGACUGACAUAACAUUUAAAAAAAGAGAUAAGAUUAUUUCAAGUAAUAUUAAUACACAUAUGCAGAGAAGGGUAUUUUCAUGAAAAACUUGUAUAUUUAUACAUUUUCAUCGUAAAAACAUGAAACAAUAAAUUAAAAUGUGGUAAUUUACUGUGUUAUAACAUUUAAAGCUAAGCAUAGUUUUUUCAUGUGUCAGGUUAGCAUUAAGGAUGUUGCAAAAAUAUAUUUUUUGUGAUAAUAUAGAUACACAGUAGCUUCCAUGAUUGUUUAAAAAAAUAAAUGUUUUUUAUAACAACUAUUAUAAGUUUUAUAUGAACCAGAAUUGCUAGUGAGAAAGAGUUUUAGUCCAAUAUGCUAAAAGAAUGCCAAAGAAAAGACAGAUUAUCUUUUAGAAUCACAUUCUAUACAACUAUGGGUUGCUGUAAAUUGUGAUUGCUCAAACUCAUUUAUGAGUCACUUUGUAAUAUUUUCUUCUAGUCUCUUUUUCUAGUUACCAUAAAGUUUUCAGCAUGUUGCCCAAGCUAAAUUAUUGCAACAUAUUUGUACCAAAAAGUGAAAAUUAUGUUUAAAUAUUUUAAAUAUGGGUUACUUUUUGUGGGUUUUAUAGUUAGGGAAAACUUUAAAAAUUCUUAGUUGCAAAUAGAAAUAAAAUUUAAAUCGGCCAUGAUUAUAGUUAGGUUUUCAAGAUAUACAUUUGUUUUGACACAUAUGUCAUUUCCAAAAUCAUAUUCCUUAGUUCAGGCCCAAGAAAAUAUUUUUAUACAAGAAGUGCCUAAAGCAAUAUUAUUAAUAAAAACAAUUAAACAUAUCUGGAGAAAAGGUAGAUCUGUAUCAUGUGAGUAUGCUCUUUAGAAUUUGUACGGAGGCAUUCUGUUAAGCAAGUGCUAGAAGUUCAUUUGAAAGCUGGAAAGUAUUUAGUUUCCGUUUGUGUGGAAGUGAGAUUUUGUAUUAUCCUCUACAGUUAUCUUGGAAAAAUAUUCACUGGUUCUCGAUAAGUGUUCAUCUUAAUUUUAUAGCAAUAUUUAAAAAAAAACAGCAAGUUAAUCAUUUAAACCGAUCCUAGAAAAAACCUACCCCAACUAUUGUGAAGUAAAUUUAAUAUGAAUUUGAAGUUACGAUCUAUUUUGAAAUAGAUGGUGUUAGAAAACAAUCGUUUAACUUUAUAUUUAACAAUAUUUAAAAAUAAUCGAUUCUACGGGAAGUCAAAUAGUCAUAUAAAAAGUUAAAUUUGGGUUCAGAGUUUUAAUGGUUUCUGAACAUCAGUAUGUCCCUUGUAUUAGUAUAACAUCAUCAGCUGAAAAAGUAGGUUAUAUUUUCUCAUAUAUCAAGUGAAAUGUUUUCCAAGGUACUAUAUUAGAUAUCUACUGAUAUAUGAAAUAGAUAAGUUUAGCAUGGUAUAUUUAAUCCUACAACGAUAAAUAUUUAAAAGUUUUAGCAAUGUGUCUGUAUGUUAUUGUACUGUGUUGGUAGGACUGUGCACUUGUGGUGUAUUAAAUUUGUACUACAUUUAAUUCAGUGUAACACGGCGUUAAAUUGUAGAAUCUGAAAUUGUGAUUUACACACUAAGACUACCUACUGGUUUGUUUUGAUAGAGAAAUAGAUAGUUGUUUUAGCCUCUAUGAUACUGAUGCAUAGCAAACAACAUUUGGAACUCACUGCCAGCUCAAAGAAAGUUAUUGCAUUUUCAGACAUGUUUUUCAUGGGAAACAAGAGUGGUAUUACAUUUCUUGGGUGCAAAUAAUAUGAAAUCAUCGACAGCAACACAUUCAGUUUAAAAUUCUUAGUGUGUGUAGUAAGUAUGAGGUUUUGAUGUUUGUAUUGUUUGUAAGGCAAAAUAAAACGUAUCUCUCUCACA